AUGGAGGCCGUCGAAUGCGACACCGCCAAUGCACGUCUGGCCUUACGCUUGGAAAUCGAAGACAUUGAGGAAGCUUUGCGAGAAACCACCGACCCUGACCAAAUUGCAAUGCUGAACGAUCGUGCUGCUGCUUUGCACCUCCUGCGGCAAGAGACAAUGGAAUUCGACAAGUUUCGGACCGACCAGCGCAUCCAGAGAAGCAUGUAUCAGGCGAUGCUGUCAGACUGCCACGAGGUUGAUGCGCUUCUGAGGGAGGCGGCCGCCACUUCGACUGAUGCUGCUGCACAAGUACAAGGCGAAUUGGACGGAGCCGCCGAGCAACGCGCUCUUAGAGAAACCGGACAGGAUGGAUACUACGAAGACGAUCGCGUGGAUCCCAGUGGUUGUACAAACCUUCUGACCUACAUCGAACGCUUGAAGCUGGACGAAGAGCACGCACCUAGGGACUGCUAUAUCUGCAUGGUAAAAACAGUUUAUUCUCAAACGACCGAAAUCGGCGAUUGCAACCACGCUUGGUGCCGCAGCUGCCUUGUGCGGGCGCUUGAUCUGGCCGCAAAGAACGAGAGCAACUAUCCUGUACGAUGCUGCGGCGAAUCUCCAAGCAUUCCUCUCGACCACCCUGGUGUUGCUUCUCUGGUGGGAGCUGAAGCCAUUUUGGCAGUCGAGGCCAAAAUUGUCGAAUACGAAACCGAAGACAAGACUUAUUGCCACGACCCAGGAUGUUCUGCUUUCAUCGCACCGACCGCAAUCGACGAAACAAACGCCAUAUGUCCUCUAUGCCAGAAAAACACCUGUGCUCAGUGCAAGGCAGAGUUUCACGAAGGUGAGGACUGCAAGACGGUGAAUGACGAAGCCUUCGAACAAUGGCAGCGGGACAACGGAUCAGCGACUUGUGCUUCUGCGGGGCUGAAUUCUGCUAUGAAUGCGGCCAGACCUGGAAGACGUGUCAAUGCGAACGCUGGCACGAGGAUCGUCUUCUUGAACGUGCUGCCGUGGUCGCCGAGCGCCAGGCCGAGCGCGAGGGUCAGCCUGCCGACGUGCAGCGUGCUCUUGCGGAGCUGCGCAAUGAAGAACCUUGUCGCCAUACCGACUGGACUCGAAUCGUCCUCCGUCAUACUGUGGGAUCUCAUGUUUGUGCCGACUGUCAUUGGGAGAGUGACUUCUUUUUGUGGCGAUGUGAUGACUGUCUAA